AUGACAAACCAGGAAAAAUGGGCCCACCUAAGCCCUUCAGAAUUUUCUCAGCUUCAGAAAUAUGCUGAGUACUCCAUCAAAAACCUGUUACAACUAAUAAAUGAAUUCAAUAAAUAUGGUUUAUUACAGGGAUAUAACCCAGAAUCUAAACAAGACAUUCUUAACCAAACGAUAGAUUUUGAAGGUUUCAAACUAUUCAUGAAGACAUUCCUAGAAGCAGAGCUUCCCGAUGAGUUCACUGCACACCUUUUCAUGUCAUUUAGCAACAAGUUUCCUCAUUCUAGUCCAAUGGCAAAAAAUAAGCCUGCUCUCCUAUCUGGCGGUCUGAGAAUGAAUAAAGGUGCCAUCACCCCUCCCCGUACUUCUCCUGCAAAUACGUGUUCCCCAGAAGUAAUCCACUUGAAGGACAUUGUCUGUUACCUGUCUCUCCUUGAAAGAGGAAGACCUGAGGAUAAGCUUGAGUUUAUGUUUCGCCUUUAUGACACGGAUGGGAAUGGCUUCCUGGACAGCUCGGAGCUAGAAAAUAUCAUCAGUCAGAUGAUGCAUGUUGCAGAGUACCUUGAAUGGGAUGUCACUGAACUUAAUCCAAUCCUCCAUGAAAUGAUGGAGGAAAUUGACUAUGAUCAUGAUGGAACCGUGUCUCUGGAGGAAUGGAUUCAAGGAGGAAUGACAACAAUUCCACUUCUUGUGCUCCUGGGCUUGGAAAAUAACGUGAAGGAUGAUGGACAGCACGUGUGGCGACUCAAGCACUUUAACAAACCUGCCUACUGCAACCUGUGCCUGAACAUGCUGAUUGGCGUGGGGAAGCAGGGCCUUUGCUGUUCCUUCUGUAAGUACACAGUCCAUGAACGCUGUGUGGCUAGAGCACCUCCCUCUUGCAUCAAGACCUAUGUGAAGUCCAAAAAGAACACUGAUUUGCAUAAUAAAUGUGCUUCUCAUCUAAAACCUGAGUGUGACUGUGGACCUUUGAAGGACCAUAUUUUACCACCCACAACAAUUUGUCCAGUGGUACUGUACAAGAUCACUCCUGUUCCUGGUACUCACCCGCUUUUAGUUUUUGUGAACCCCAAAAGUGGUGGGAAGCAAGGAGAACGAAUUUACAGAAAAUUCCAGUAUCUACUAAAUCCUCGUCAGGUUUACAGUCUUGCUGGAAAUGGACCAAUGCCGGGGUUAAACUUUUUCCGAGAUGUUCCUGACUUCAGAGUGUUAGCUUGUGGUGGAGAUGGAACUGUGGGCUGGAUUUUGGAUUGCAUAGAAAAGGCCAAUGUAGUCAAGCAUCCUCCAGUCGCAAUUCUGCCUCUUGGGACCGGCAAUGAUCUAGCAAGAUGCCUGCGAUGGGGAGGAGGUUAUGAAGGUGAGAAUCUGAUGAAAAUCCUAAAAGACAUUGAAAACAGCACAGAAAUAAUGUUGGACAGGUGGAAGUUUGAAGUCAUACCUAAUGACAAAGAUGAGAAGGGAGACCCAGUGCCUUACAGUAUCAUCAAUAAUUACUUUUCCAUUGGCGUG